GAUGCUAAAAGUACCGGAAUAGCUCACGAUGGAUUGUUCCUUCAAUGAAUGCGGUGUCUGCGCAUCGGAGUCAGUUGUUGCUUUCUGUGAAAACUGUAAUUUUGGAAUUUGUGAAACGUGUUUCCAAAAUCACAAAAAGCCAACCAAGUUAUUUCAGAACCACGUGGCAUUUGUAAUUGACUUAAAUCAAACGAAUAUAGAUGCGGGAAGAGCAGACAAUCAAUCAUGUGAGGCUUUUAAAAAGAUUUCGGAUGAUAUCCAUACUCACAAAUGCGAUAAACAUCCAACAGAAAAUUUGGUUUUCUUCUGUGAAGAGCACACAGAAACACUUUGUGGCCGAUGUAUAUAUUCAAGCCACAAAUCCUGCAAAUUGGUUGAUUUAUUUGAGGUUACUGUUGACGAUGACGAAGUAAGUGCUUGCAAGGCCCAACUUAAAUCCUUGGCCGAAAUUUUGAAUUCAACUGAUAAUAGAAUUGAACAAAAUACUAACGACAAUAACGCAUGCAAGCUAGAAUUUCUCAAUAAUCUUCAGAAAUUGCGAACAGAACUUAUCACGUGGUUUGAUCGUCUACGAAUAAAAUGCGAAACGCAAUGCAGCGAAACGUUUGAAACUUAUGCCGAGCGUUUAACACAAGUUCGAACAUUUAGCCAAAACUACAUAAAGCGUAUUCAAGAACGACAAGACUUAAUUGAUUAUUUACAAACACAAAACCAUGUAAACAAGUUGUAUCUGUUAUUAAAUCAAGUAAAACAAGAAAUUGAGGAGGUCAAAUCAACAAUAAAAGGGCUCAGCGUCGAUAGCACUUUUAACGGUUACGUCUUCAAACGCAGCAGUGGCAUAGAGGAUUUGUUGAAUGCCCAUGCAUUUGAAAUCGGUGGCCUAGAGGAGUGGUGUAGCGGAAGUGACGAAAUAUCGGACUACACGUUAUCAACGCUCACGGGUUCAAGAUUGGGAACAGAGGCAGAACACAGUGGAGCGUUAGAUGGAAAAAAUGACACGCCAACGGUUGACUCUAAAUCAGAAUAUUCACGGAAAGGUGACAAGAACUUGUUUACGGAGUUUAGUUCAGAAUCAGCUGAUGACAGUAGCAAUGGAGGCAUGAAUAAAUGGUCAAAAUCAGAUAUGGGAAUGCAUAAUACGUCAGGUUGCCAUGGUCACACAGAUAGUUAUUCCGGCGAGAGCGUACUAUUUGUGUCUGAUACUAAAACAGAUUGCACGGGGCACGUUGAUAAAAUGGAAAACUCAUGUAAAGAAAUACCAUCCCAAACUGAACACAAACCGGAACCUUUAAAUAAAGUUUUGAACAGAUUAUGGAGACCUAUGGAGCUGCAUGCAUCGGAACCUUUGUCAAGGAUUGUUAUCAUUGAAGGAAUUCAAAGUGGAACCUCCGAAAGCAGUCUGAGAGAGCAGCUUCUAGAUUUUCUGAACAAAUAUAAUCUGCAGUUGGUGUUUCUUGAAACAGCAAAUGAAGCGCAUGCUCUAUGCAACACUGAUUCUGAUGCAAAAUCACUUUUGAAAGAGAAACUGCAGAACUUGAAAACGAAGCCACAUCCUCAACCGGUCGUUGAGAAUUACUCAUACAGCAUUGGCAAAGACACGCUAAAACACGUUUUAUUGAUUGACUUCUUAAAGAAGAAAAAAUUUACACAGCCAUACUUUACGUAUAAUGAAGACCAGGGUAUUUUGAAAGUAACAUCACCUACAAUGUAUGGCAUACAGUAUAUCAAGUGGUCAUUGGACGCAUACGAGUUCAAGUCGUAUAAGAAUAUUACUGAGCUGAAGUACGAAUUGCUAAUGGCAAAGCACGGUUCUGAAAUACUUGGCGUAGGCAAAACAGAUGGUGAAAUUUUAUUUAAUAAUGGCUCUAUAUCAUUGGUGUGCCGGAAAAGUUGUGUGCAACCAAUAGACACAUAUAUCAUAAAACUUCUCCAAUGCGAAGGUGAAAAAGAAUGGUCACUUAGAAUGACAGAUUUAACAAACGUUGAUAAAACGUGCGAAGAACUGGUGGGCAAUGGAUGUGAGUGUAUGGUCACAAAACAAGAGGAGCCAAGACUCAUUGUUAUGUUUCAGAAUUAUGAUGAUGUUAACAAAGUAACACAAAUAGUUAGUUCCUUUCUAAGAAAAAAUGUUAUGCCAACACGCAGUCAACGAAGCAAGAGGUUCUGAACCGCUGAAAGGAUAAUUAACUCCAACUAAGAUAUCUAUUCAGAACAUGUUGCGUCUGACAGAAAAAGGACAUUUCUUGGUUUAUAUCAUGUUUAAUAUAAGCAGACUCGGUUUAAAUUUUGUUUUAUCAAGCAAACAUGUGUGAUGGGCUUUUUGAUUUUAUAGUAAAUGCGGCAAAUGAAAAUCUCUCCAAAGAUUCCGAAGUUUGUCGGGUUAUUGCAGAUCGUUCCGGAAAUGAACUAACAAAAGAUGGAGACAAUUAUGCCCGCGCAUGUGAGCCAAUACAAGAAGGAGAAGUGGCUGUUACAACGACUAGACUUCUUCCGUAUUAUUGUUUUAUUUAUGCUAUAAGACCUAUAUGAGCAAAUUACAACACUAAAACAUAGAAAGCUGUUUAGCAAUAUGGCACAACUGUUUACAGUUUGGUUUUGAGAAGUCUUUCGACUGCCAAAUGAUCGGUAGAUGAAAUCGGUUGAAAUACCGGUCAUUAGUUCUGUUAAAUUUUGCUUGUUCGCAUGCUUAUUUAUUAUCAGACACAUAAACUGAACGGUAUUUAAUGUUUGUAAAAAAAUCAAAAUCAUUUGUGCAAGCACGAAUGAUCGUUUUCAUUAUCAAACAGUACAUAGAGAUAUGUUAUACAUAAGGACAUUUUGUUUUCGUCUUUGGUUUAAACAUGACGAUUGCAUCACAAAUCCUUUGUUGUUAAAUAUAAUAUCUACAUUAUUAAUUUGUUAACAAACAUGCCAUA